AUGUUUGCACCAAAACCACAGCUGAGCCUAGGCACGUCGCUGGAUGGCCCUCAUCCCCCCGUGGUCAAAAUUCCCACCGAGGUUCGGCGCUCGUACAAAGUGUGCGAUGCCUACAGCAAAGCCCUGGACGAGCAUGGCCCCGUCAUUAUGGUUCCCAGACACGGGCGCAACGAAUACGUCAUCGAUCACCGGUAUGCCAGUGUGAUCCUGACUGACACCAAGAAGUUCACCUUUGAAAAGGCGGCCUUUGACCUGCUUCAUUUUGGGUUCCUCGCAAUAGCAGACAACGGCGCCUUUGUUCACGACAUAGACCAGGUGGUUGAGGGGAAUGUGCAGCCUCGAAUGAACGCCAUCAUUGCAAAGAUUUUUCCCGUCUUCCGACGGUACUUCGACCGCAUGGAGGACGAGGUGCCCAAGCCGGCUGAGACCAAGGAAUAUACCACUUUCAACGACAUGUUCGGCCGGAUGCAGCUCGCCGUCGCACACGCCAUGGUCGUAAUGGUUAUAGGCGAGGAGCGCGCCGGUCCGGAAAUGGCAGGUCACUUUGCGGCCGUCGCCGUUGCCAUGGCCCGUAUGACGGGCAUGGAUGAGAGCACGGACGAAUGGACCUGGUUCCCCAAGCUAUGGGUCAUCUUUAACGGACUGUCUGCCGUUUUCCUCACCAUCGUCCCUCGAUUCUUCUUCAAAGUCGCACCUCUGCUGUGGAAAAACCGCCGAGAACAUCUCGCCAGCGGCCUGGCCUCCCGUCAUGGCACGUACGUGCCGCUCUUUGACCUCCUCUUGGUGAAACACUACCACGAGAAGCAGGGAUUGUUCGCGCUCCUGGGCUUCUUUCGAUGCCUCAUCAUCGUCAUCGGUCUCAUAUUCGCCUCGAUCCACCAGACCGUCGUCGGUGGCUUGUGGCAGCUGGUCAAGCUGACCGAAAAGCAAGACGAGUACCUCGCGGCAAUCCGCGCCGAGUUCGAGGUCGUCAACCCGCCGGGGGAGCCCCUGACGGUGCCCAAGCUUAGCCAGCUGCGGCUGCUCGACUCGUUCAUGCGCGAGGUUUUUAGGACCAAGGGUGACUGCUGGGGACCCGUAAGGGAGACGACUCAGCCCGUACGCGUGGGCCCCUAUGUGAUUCCCAAGGGGGCCAUGUGCAUCGUUUUGAUCGGGCGGGCGCAUCAGCACCCGGACAACUACGGACCCGAUGGAAAGAAGUUCGACGGGUUCCAAUGGGUGGAGAAGGCCAAGCCGGCUUCUCAGACCUCGCACGACUUUCUCCCCUUUGGCCACGGCCGCUGGGCCUGCCCAGGUCGACAACUGGCCAUCCACGAGAUCAAGAUUAUGCUCUAUUUCCUCUUUUCAAAGUUUGACAUCAAACUCCGUGCCAACACCUACCGUGUCAAGAACACCAUCAACACCACUACAGUCGCUCCCGAAGCAACAUUCCUUGUACGGCGGAGGAUGAACACCGAAUAUAACAGGACUGUCUGA